AUGCAAAAUGUACAGCAAUUAGAAAAUAUGAAAAAAACUUUUAAUGAAUCUGUUGGUUUUGCUUUAUCUCAAUCGUUGAUUUUGUUUAGUAUACUCCAAAAUAGUGUCAAACAAAUCAUUGAAGUACCGUGUCACUUGAAAUCAAUGAGCAGAAUUUUUCAGUAUGUUGAUGUUCCUAAGGAAGGACCAGUUGAGUCAUCGAACCCACCACCAGCCAAUUGGCCGUCAAGUGGACAAAUAAGAUGGGAAAAUAUUUCCAUAAACUAUAUAAAAAAUGGUUUACCGGUUUUCAAAAAUAUAGAUCUAAUGAUAGAACCAUGUUGGAAAGUAGGAGUUGUUGAAAGAGCUGGAACUGAAAAAUCUUCAUUAAUAUCAACGCUCUUUCGUCUAGUUGAUAAUGAUUUACAUGGAGAUAUAAUAAUUGACGGUUUGGAUACAAAGAGCGUUGGUCUUCAGGAUUUACGAUCGAAUAUAUCGAUUAUUCCAAAAGACCCUUAUCUAUUCACUGGGACACUACGAUAUAAUCUUGACCCUUUUCAAGAGUAUACAGAUAAAGCUAUGUGGGGGGUAUUGGGAGAAGUUGAACUAAACGAUAUGACACUCGAUCAAUGGAUUUCUGAUGGUGGUACCAACUUCAGUAGUAGUGAACGCAAACUUAUUUGUUUUGCCCGAGCAUUGCUACGGAGUAAUCGAAUACUUGUCCUUGACCACAUCACUAAUGAUCUCGAUUUAAAUACAAAAGUAAUAAUCCAAAGAGUCAUCCAAUCAUAUUUUAAAUAUUGUACGAUAAUCACUAUAACGGAUCAUUUGGACUCAAUAAUAAACAGUGAUAUUAUUCUUGUGAUGGACAAUGGAUGCUUAGUGGAGUUCGGAAGUCCAUAUGAAUUAUUAAUUAUAAAAACCAAAAGUAUUUUUGGUCAGAUGAUUAAUAAAUAUGAUAAAGUAGUGAUUGAAAAAAUAUUUCAAGAAGUUAUAAAAUAUCACCAUCAGCAAAGGCGUUACAAUUUAAGAAAAAAUAAUUUAUCAAGACUAAAUAAUGUAUAA